CUUAGCUACCUUACACUACAUCAAUUUGCCGAGUCCAUGUGCUGGCCAGCAUCAACCCGCUCCUCCUGAUGAUCACACCGCUUUCUAGACCUCCCAGCGUCGACCGGGUGAUUGCCUAUAUUUUUUGCGAGCUGUGUUUGGUCCGCAUGUCUUGUGGAGUUAAGUUUUCGUAGUGCGAGUUGGCUUUCCAGCGAGGCAACAUGCCGGACGCAGUCAAAGCCGCGCAUUACAUCCAACAGCUCGAUGACGCCCGCUGCAAUGAGAACUGGGAUGCCGUGCCCGAGCUGAUCCGCAAAGUGCGGAAGCACGCCCCAGACCGGGUUUGCCUCGCUCUGACCGCCGAGAUCGAACACUCCAUCGCCAAAGCAAACCUUAAGCCGACCCCGUCCGCUCGCACCGCGUCCGCCGAAGGCAACGCCCGCCCUCCUAGUUCCUCCACGGCUCCCGCCGGCGGCCUCGAGGCAGCAAACCACCUGCCCGACCUCUUCACCGCAAUCGAUGCGGAAGCCGCCCAUCCCGAAGACCGCUUCCAGGCCCGUGUCUGCGCCGGCUGGCUGCUCUGGGUCUUGCGCGAGUACCCGGCCGCCCUCGCCCGCCUCCCCCGCACUCUCCACGACAAGGGCGGCGCAACCACCACCACCACCACCGACAACAUCAAUAACAAUAACAAUAACAAUGCGUCUCCGGACGGCGAUGACCAUGCCGCCGACGACGACGGCGAGAAGCCCCCCUCGGAGUGGACCAGGGUAUGCGGGCUCAAGGCGGCCUACCUGCGCGCCAACUGCCUCGCGCGGGACGGCCAGCGCGAGGGGGCCCUCGACGCCUUCGAGGCGGCACUGCCCGGGCUGAGCGCCGUCUGGGCCGCCGGCCCGGCCGACGCCCGGCCGCAGACGCGCUACUGGGCCGAGCUGUUCCUGACCGAGUGCUGCAUGCUCGCCGCCCAGGCCCUCCGCGAGGGCGCCCGCUCGCUGACGGACCCCAACUGCCUCGCCUGCUUCCGCGCCUGGGCCCGCUACUGGGCCGCCGGCAAGGGCGGGCCGUCCCCCGGCGGCUACGGCUUCCGCGGCUCCGUCCCCAGGCGCCAGGUCUGGGGCGAGUACUACUCCGCCCUGUCGGGCAUCCUGCAGGCGGACCUGCCCUUCCCCACCGGCGGCUCCACCGUGGCGGACGCCGUCGCAGGCGGCGGCGGCAGCGAGAACUCGGCCCGCGUCCGGCUGAGGACCGAGCUGAAGAAGGUCGAGGCCAUCUACCAGGGCUUGUUGUACAGCGAGACCAAGUUCCCCCGCGCGGACGAGGAGCGGACCGAGGUGGAGGACUUUGUGAGGCGCCUGAUGCAGAACUGGGAAGUCCUGAACGGGCGCGGCUGGAAGGAGCACGAGCUGGGCGCCGGCGGGAGGGACGCGCUGUGCCACGCCACCCUCGACAGCCUGUACGGCGCCGCGGCCAAGACGUACCACUCGACCGCCAUCCUGAGGCACAUGUUUACCGUCCACCUCGCCGUGGCCGAGUUCGACCUGGCCUUCAAGGCCUUCGACUCGUGGCUGGAGCUGGUCAAGAAGGGCAAGGCGAGGGUGAAGAAGACGGGACACCGCGAGCCCGCGCUGGACGGCAACGCGACCGUGUUCGAAACCAUCUCGACCUGCAUCGCGGCUCUCUGUCGGUUCGGCGGCAGAGAGGCCGCCGAGAAGGCGCACAAGCUCGCGGAAGAGCUCGCCGGUUUGGUUGCGGAGGAGGAGGAGAAGGAGGAGGGCGGCCGCCGUGAGCCAGACAACGCCGAUCCCCUAGACGAGGCGGUGCCGCCCGCUACCCUGGCCGUGGCGUGGCAGUCGAUCGGGCUGGCCCGCGCCCAGUGGGCGCGCAUGACCUUCGAAUCGGAUUCUCGCGCCACGCUGCAGGAGAAGGCCAUCCAGUGUCUCCGGAAAUCGCUUUCCCCCGCGUACGGCAACGGCCUCGACGCCAGGGGCGUGUUUGCCUUGGGGAUGCUGUACGCCGAGCAGCGCAAGCUCCCGGCGUCGAUAGAGAUCGUCAAGACGGCCCUUCUCGCCGAGAGGCUCCCCGGCACCGGCCGGGAGGAGCUGCGCCUCGGGCCGUAUUGGCGGGAAAGAUCGCUGAUACCGCUCUGGCACCUCCUCGCGCUGAUGCUGAGCGCGCGGCAGGAGUUCGUCAUGGCUGCCCGAGCAUGCGAAGGCGCCGUAGAGCAGUUCAAGGACCCCCACGUGCUCUUUGGGAGUCGGCAGCUCACCGGAGGUUACCGGAGUGAGCAUCUCAAGGAAGCCGGGAUCAAAGAUAGAGGCGGAGACGGCCUCGUGGACGAGAUGGACGACUACGAGAAGGAGGGGAUCCUGCAGAUCAAGAUGACGCAGCUCGCGAUCCUCGAGGUGAUCGAAGGGCCCGCCGUCGCCGUCAACGCCAGCACGGAGCUGCUCACCCUGUUCCCCAGGCUGUUUGGCGAUCUGGACCAGAAAGUCGAGCUCUCCCGCGCCGAGCCGCCCAAGACAUCCGGCACGAUGCGCAGCCUCAGGGGCAGCGUGUUCGGCGGCAAGUCGGACGAGGCUCGGCUGAAGCAGCAGGGGCCCGCAAGCGACGAGGGAAAGCCGGCGACCACGCCACCCCGGCCGCGCACCACACAGAGCGUCGCGACCACGGGUCAAUCCUCGGUCAACGACCCGGCCGACCCGUUCUCGAGCCGCAGGUCGACCAAGUCGGAAGACAUGAAGCGGAGCCGCAACAGCCUGCGCAAGCGCGACCGCAGCGGCAGCCGGCAGCGCGCUUUCAGCACCAGCAGCCCCCCGGGGCCCCCGCCGCUCGAAGGCGACAAGUCCUUUGCCGCUUUUGACGAGCGCAACCUCCCGAGCCACUCUGCUCCGAAGCAGACGGCCGAGCCUCCGAGGGAAGACCUUCGCAGGUCGACGCCGCGGUCGAGGGCGGGGACGGCAAGCCAGGCCGAGGUGCGAACCGGGCAGGUGGUCGGGACGUUUUCGCAGCUCCUGCCUUUCGUCACCUUCUCGCCUGACCACGGUCGGCGACGGAGGAAAGCGAUCCUAACCAAGGUCUGGCUCGUCAUUGCCGGUUUCUACCGCCGCGCCGGGCUCCUGGACGACGCCGGCCAAGCAAUCAGCGAGGCCCAAAGAGCUGCCGAAGAGCUGGAAGCGGAUGUGAUGAAUGAGGCGUCAGGGGCGAUGUCUGUGAGACAAGCGGGCUGGGGUAUGGAGAAGAGCUCCGAGGAGGUCAUUGCGGAUGUCUGGGCCGAGAAAGGGAACCUCUGGCUCGCCCGCGGGCGCCCGUACCAGGCGCGGGCUGACUUCGAGACGGCGUUGACGCACUUCCCCGACCACCCCGGCGCCAUCGUCGGGCUCUCUAACAUUCUCUUGGAUAUCCACACGGAAAAGCUGCUCCCGCCGCCCGCCGUGCCGGGGCUGGACCUCGGCAGGCUCGGUCUCGCCGACGACGACGGCGUCUUCCCCUCCACGCCCGGCGGCGCAGCAAUAACAACCGACCCCGCGACAACCCGCGCCAACAUUAACAGGGCAGACAAGUUCCCCGCCUUGCCAUCAGAGCCGCUCGGCCUGGGGCGAGCGAGCCCGGAAUCGAAAGCGAAACCUGCCGAGGCGCUGGUCAAUGGGCAUUCGGCUUCCAAGCAACAGCAGCAGCAGCAGGGCGCGGCGGCCACGUCGACACCUUCCCUCCUCGGCCCGCCGCUGCCUCCGCCGCACGAGGCGAGCUCCCUCCCGCUGAACGACCGGCUGGCGGCGCGCGACCGCGCGUUCGGCCUGCUCUCGGGCCUGACGAAGCUGGGGAGCGGGUGGAACCACUCGGAGGCGUGGUUCACGCUGGCGCGCGCGUACGAGGAGAGCGGGCAGCUGGAGAAGGCGCGGGACGCCCUGUGGUGGUGCAUCGAGCUGGAGGACGGGAGGGGCGUGAGGGAGUGGGACGUCGUCCGCGGCGGCUAUGUCCUGUAACUAACCCUCUCUCUCUCUCUCUGUGUGUGUGUCACGACAGGGCCCGUCGCGUUUUCUUUUUUUUUUUUUCUUUUUUU